CAGGACGACGUGGGCCUGCCGCGCACCACGGUGCAGAAGAGCAUCAAGGAGCUGAUGCCCAAGGAGAUGCGCAUUGCGGGGGACGCCAGCGAGCUGCUGGUCCAGUGCUGCAACCAGUUUGUGCACCUCGUGUCCACCCAGGCCAACGACAUCAGCGAGCGCGAGAAGCGCUCCACCAUCAGCCCGGAGCACGUGGUGAAGGCGCUGGAGGAGCUGGAGUUUGGGCCGCAGUACUUGGAGGCCGUGAAAGCAGGUCUGGACAACAAGGAGCACCGGGAGCACAAGGCGGGGCACAAGAAGGGGGACAGCGGGCUGACGCAGGAGCAGCUGAUAGAGCUGCAGCAGAAGCUGUUCGAGGAGGCGCGGGCCGCCACGCUGUCCGGC